UUCAUAUCAAUUGCUGCCGAGUCAUAGAAGUUCGGGAGAGAAAAGUGCCAUGGAGACUGAGGGGAUACAAUUUUCUGAUUUUUAUAGAAACUCAAGCGAAGAGCUGUUUCUUAAGUCAUUGAUGGAGACUUCAAUUGGGAUGCCUGUACCAACCAUGGAGAUGAUGGGGUUUAAGAAUCUUUCUCAGAAUUUUCGUGCAGAUAGUGAGGAACUUUUCAGAAGUUGGCUCACCAAUGGAGAGGCAAGCAAUUUUUAUAUUAUCAUCUUGAUUUGUUGGUUUUGGAAUUUGACAAAUCAGGGUCACAAUUCUUCCAACAUAGCACAUCGUACUCGACAAGCAUCACGGAGAUUAUCUACUGAGAUGGCCAGUUUGUCUAGUCAUCAGCAGCCUGGAACUUCACUUCAAACGAAAAAGAGCUAUGAUGUCUUACUUUUGCAAAAUAAUUCGACUGGGAGCGAAACCUCAGGGAACUUCAAUCAAGAUUCAGUGAGCCAGACCACCAGUGGUGUAUUUAGUUGGAAGAGUUCUUUGAUUACAAAUUUACUUGGGGUUCAUUUUUCGAUCAGGACUGCUGUUGAAAGGGGGUUUGAGGCUAGUAAUUUAUUUUUAGCCAAGGCAUGGUUUCAUAGUUCACAACCCAUGACAAGAAGUAGAUCUUCUGAAUUAAGGAGGAGAUAUGCUGCUAUGCAAAAUGCUCAAACAUUGCUUGGCAUGGAGGCUGUACUCAAUUCUUAUGGAAACGGUGUCAAGAAAUUGAAAGAAGAAUUAUCAGAUCCAAACGGUUUGAAUGACAUCCCCAUGUGUGAGAUUCCCAACCAACUGGGCAAAUUCAUGUCCCCAUCAAAUUCAUCUUCAUCUACAUUUAAUGCAACCCAAACAGGAAAUGUGGAUAGAGUUUCUUCUGUUGUCAGCAUGCUAAAGGGUACACUAGAACGUAAAAAGCUUGGUAACCAAAUUGAGAAUGAUGCUGUUGAAGGUAGUUCUAUUAUGCCUAAUGGCACCUUCAACCAAGGACAAGGGAAUCGUUUUCAUGAAAUUCCCGGGGCUUUUGCACAAGUAUCCCUUGGUCAAGUAACAAAUACUGGGGUUCUACAAGCUGUUCAGGGGUCUAUGGAUCUUGACUUGGAAGGUUUUGUAAAUCCCACAAACACAAUUCAGAUAAGCACAGUUUCUCGAGAAGCUUCUCAAAGUGAAUCGUCGGCUGCAGCACCGGUGGUUUCAUCUGGUUUUGAUGCAUGUGAUGGCCCCAGCAACUCAAGUCAAACUUUAACCAUAUGUGAAAGCUCAAAGAAACAAGCUGCAAAUGGUAGGAUCUUAGAAAAUGGCUCUAAAUCAAAAGAUUUGAGAGAAAGGAUAAUUGACAAUUUGAAAGAUGAUCGAAAGAAGGGAGGGCCUGUUCCGUACGGAACUGUGACAUCAGCAGGUUCAGGUACUAAGCUUUCACAUUCCGGAUUUGGCUUCUAUUAUUAUUCACUGAUGGACAGGGCAGACCCAACGAAAAAGCGAAGAGUGGAGCGGACACGAAAGAUGGCAGAGGCAAAAGAAAGGAAUUCGACCCCAGCAAUCCCAUCUAACAUGCAAGCAGUCUUAAAGCGUUGUGAAACUCUUGAGAAGGAAGUGCGCUCACUCAAACUUAACUUGUCUUUCAUGAACAGAAAGGACUCGGAACAAACGAAGCAGAUAGAAGAGCUACAAAAGCAGAAUGAGGAGUUGACAGAUGAAAAGGAGCGCCUCUUAGAAGAGAUAGAAAGGAUCAUUUCGGAUCCAGGCAAGAUGUGAAACACUGGACUGUGGCCACCUCAGACAUUGUCUAUAAUCUAUAAUGAACAGAAUGAUAAGCCUACGUGUCAUAAAUUGGUAUGAAAAUACAAUCAUAGCCGCAUAGCCAUCGGUUUCUGCCAUAUCAUGUUUGUAUAGAUUUAGACUCUUGUCCGGUAAACGAGCAAUCGUCGCUGAAUAUGAAGCCUAAAGCUAAAGAAUGAUAGCAAGCCCUAUUUUUGUAGCCUCUAACAUGUGUGCAGUAUGGUUUUGCCUAUUUAACUUGAAACGCCUAAUCUAUUACAAUAAAGCAUCAAAUGUUGCUUUUAAUUGGAUUAAUGAACGAAAAUUCAAGAGUAAUGUUUCUCCUUCCUUUUUAUUCUAUAUUAAUUUUGGAAGCAGGAUUCUAUACA